CCUCGUUUUCUAAUCCUCCUCCUCCUCUGUGUCUCCCUCUAGGUGGCCAUUCCAGUAAGCAGUAGUCGGUGAAGAGUGACAGCGAGAGGCCACUUGAUCCCAACAGGUUGUGCACCAGUAUGCAGGUGGUGUAUUAAGGAUGGAGGACUCCAGUUUAUGUCUUGGUGUAUCAUCAGCGGUGCCUGACACCGAUGCCCAUCUCAGUAGUGCAGUUUUAAAUGGCCGCUACCCCAUCAGUCAAAAGCUUCACCAGCUCACUGCCCAACUAGGACACGCCUUUCCUGACCUGCACCGCCCACAGCAGAUUCCUGAGGAGAAGGCUGUCACACCUCUGGAUGAGAAGACGCACCACGCAGCCCUGGCCAGUCAACCUAUCAGCAGUCAGAUGGCCCUGUUAGCCAAUCAGCUCAACCGAGACAUUGAUGCAGGUGCACUAAGUGGGCUAAAUGGUCGGGUUGAUCUUCAGCAAUUUCUCAAUGGCCAAAAUUUGGGCAUCAUGUCGCAGAUGAACGAUAUCGAAGAUGAUGCUCGGAAGAAUAGAAAGUAUCCUUGUCCGCUGUGUGGCAAACGUUUCCGUUUUAACAGCAUCCUGUCACUCCACAUGCGUACACACACAGGCGAGAAGCCAUUCAAGUGCCCCUACUGUGACCACAGAGCAGCUCAGAAGGGCAAUUUAAAGAUCCAUCUUCGCACUCAUAAACUUGGAAAUCUGGGUAAAGGCCGUGGCCGUGUCCGAGAGGAAAACAGGCUGCUUCAUGAGCUUGAGGAGAGGGCCAUCUUGAGAGAUAAGCAGAUGAGAGGAAGUGGAAGUCUUCUCCAGACUGCUCAAACACCCCAUCUUGUCCUCAACAGCAGCUCCAACACCCAUCAGCAGCAAAUGCCGUCAGCCUGUGGCCCACCUCCACUUUCUGGCCUCGCAACUCCAGACACAGUUUCUCAGCCAUCUUCUUCACCGAAGCCAACGAACCAGGAUGAACAGUCCGUGAACCCAGCUAACGGUUACCGUUGUACAUUCUGCAAAGGGAAAUUCAAGAAGCGCGAAGAAUUAGACCGCCACAUCCGUAUUCUCCACAAGCCCUACAAAUGUACUCUAUGUGAAUUUGCUGCCUCCCAUGAAGAAGAACUGAUAAGUCAUGUGGAGAAAGCUCACAUCACAGCUGAAACCACACAAGGACAGGGUGCCAGUGGAGCUGGUGGCAUGCAAAUGGCCACUGAAUUUCGAUGUGAUGUCUGUGGCCAGGUAUUCAGCCAAGCAUGGUUUCUUAAAGGUCACAUGCGAAAGCACAAGGACUCCUUUGAGCACUGCUGUCAGAUCUGUGGCCGUCGCUUUAAGGAACCCUGGUUUCUGAAGAACCAUAUGAAGGUUCACCUAAACAAGCUAGCCAUUAAGAGCAAGCCACCACAGCCCAGUGAGCAAGACAUGGCCGCUGUUAAUAGCAUGAGCAAUCUAGCUCAAGAAGCUCAUGCCAAUCUCUAUUCCCGUUACAUCUCAUGUCUUCAAGGAGGGUUCCUUUCACCAGACAAACAAGGCCUUAGUGAGCAACACCAGAUGUUGGCUAAAGCAGGGAUUGCCAUGAAGGAAAAGGAAAUGUUAGGAAAACUGCUGGGACCAAUGGCAGGGGGGAUGGCACAUGGGCUUGGUGAAAAUGAAAAGCGCUCACUCCUUGGUUGUCUCAAUCUUGUGCCGCCACUCAAGUCCAGUUGCAUGGAGCGCCUUCAAGCAGCUGCAAAAGUGGCAGAAAUGGAUUCUCUCAACAGCUAUCAAGCCUGGCAGAUCAUGGCACGUGGUAUGGCCAUGGACAGGGCUUUCAUGCCCAAGGAGCAGCAGCACCAGCCACAUAUAACCCCAGGGCAGGAAGAUGAGAUAAGUGGUGCUGUGGCCCUGGCUUCCUACUCAAAGGACAAACAAGACUAUUCCAUGAUUGCUUCUAGUGAUAGCUCCAAGCAGAAGCAGCUCUCUGAGGGCAUGCAGGGAUCUAAGGCUUCCAGCGGAGCCAUGAUUCCCAUGAAGGAGGAUGGCAGAGGCUUUGAAAGUCAUCGUGAUCUUAUCUCUCACCAUGGUGGUGCUGAAGCUCCUGGAGGCCUGUCUGGUUUAGGAGCUCCAAACAUUGACUACAAUCUUUCCACCCUGAAGGAGAAGCCUUCAGAGUGCCCUGACUGUGGCCGCGUCUUCAGAACCUACCAUCAAAUGAUUGUCCACUCCCGAAUACACGGCAAAGACCGGAGAGGCCUUGAUGAAGCUCUUCAUCAAGGUGUAGAUGAGCGUCGUGGCUCUGCCAGUGACCCUGAGUCCCAGUCCAUCAGCCGUUCCACGACUCCCGGUUCAUCCAACGUGACCGAAGAGAGCGGUGCCGGAGGCGGACAGUCCCAGACGGGGAGCAUUCAAGAUGACAGUCCACAUCCUUCAUCGCCUUCCUCAGAUGCUGGGGAAGACUUGGCGAAGGCAGCAGUGAGCCUGCAGCCGCCUCCAUCCCAGGUCAGGGAGCGGAGCAUCGGCUCGUCCUCUAAGGACUGCCCCUACUGCGGGAAGUCCUUCCGCACCUCCCAUCAUCUCAAAGUCCACCUGCGGAUACACACAGGAGAGAAACCCUACCGAUGCCCUCAUUGUGACUAUGCUGGCACCCAGUCUGCCAGUCUGAAGUACCACCUGGAGCGCCACCAUCGUGAACGUCAAAACGGCUCCAACACAUCAGGCUCGUCCUCUGGCCACAACACAUCUUCAGACCAUAAAGACGAUUCUGGGAAAGCAGGUAGUGGCAUCUUUGCCCGACCAGAUGUACUCCGUAAUGUUUUCAAGGGCAUGCCAGCCAAUCUGGACUUCAGAGCUGGUCCGCUGCUGCCACAUCAGUGGGCAUCGGCUGGUAUCAUAGCGCCACACGAACGAGAUCGUGAUCGUGGGGAUCGGCGUUUUGAUUCGAUCCAUUCAUCCGAGAACCUGAAGACUCCGGAUGGCCAAUCCCCCAUUGUUUCAGCGGCUGACAGUGCCGCCAGUUUCUCCGACCUAAGCAGGGCUUACCAAAGUAUGAUAGGGAACGGAGUCCACUUCCAAGGUUCUCUCCAAGCUUUCAUGGACAAUUUUGUCCUCAGCUCUAUGAAGAAAGAUGUUGCUGACAACCACAACCCUGUCCAGCUUCCAAUUCAGCGCUACCAUGAUAACGGUGAGCCCAAAGCCAAACGUAUUGUCUCAAGUGACCAGGAGAAAGAUGACAAACCAGAAGUCAAAAAGCAUUCAGAGACUGGAAAGCCUGGGUCCCAGUAUGAACCGCUCGAUCUUUCUGUAUCAGUACGUCCUGAGUCUGGACCCGGAUCCCUGCCUGGCUCCUCAAUCACUGUUCACGAUAACGUGGCUUGGCAUGGCUGUCUCUUCUGCUCUUUCUCUACUUCCUCUUUGGAGCUCAUGGCUCUACACCUUCAAGCUAACCACCUGGGUAAAGCCCAAAUGCAGCGGGCUGAUGCCGGCAAAGAGAUUCAGCAGGAGGGUCUUCCCACCAACUCUACCAUUCAUUCUUCCAAUAUCAAGAGCUCUGCUUUGGCGCUGGAGAGAGAAGGAGACAGAGAUGGUGAGAAAAUCCACGGAGUUUGGAACAACCACAUCGACCAACCGUACAACCCCUUCCAAAGUGAUUUCUUCAGGAGGUUCGGUGGUCUAUAUGAUGGCUCUUCAAGAGUUACCCCAGGCCUUCAAGGUUAUAUAGCAGAGCAGGGACUGGAACUGCACAAUCAGGUCAUUGGAGGAACACCGUCAGCUGUGGAUGACCAGAUUGGUGACAGGGGUUCCUGUGGAGAUACUGAGUAUGACCGCAUUGGAUCAGAUGAAGAAAUCACAAAAGCUGGGGAGCACAGCACAUGUGGGACCCCUUCAAACACCCCAAAGAGACCACAGCUACAGAAUAACUCUGAGGAAGAGGAUGAUGACGGUAGAGUGGCCGAAGAAGAGGAGGAAAGAGAUGAUGAUGAUCAAAUGGAUUUGGAGAGAGAGGAAGAAGGCAGUCCUGUUUCUGACCACAGCCAGUCUCACGCUAAACAGCUGCAAGAUGACUCUUCUCUUACUCUAAUGAGCAAUGCUGGUUUACCAGCGUCCUCCACCACCACAAAGCCACUGUCUCUGGUUCCCCAAGCCCAGAACCAAACCCUGGCGCUGGACAAGCAGUGGCAGCAGGGCCUGGGCCUCCUGUCCUCGGACGGUGCAUCAGGACUUUUGAAGGCUGAUCCGCAGGCCCACCUAGAGCAGCAAAUGACUAUGCUGUCUGUCCUCCGAGCCUACAGUAACGACUCCACCCCUACGUUCAACGGCCUGGGAGGCGGAAGUGGCGGAUCGAUCACGGGCGGUGUGAAGAGGUCUGAUGGAACCGGAAAUAUGAAUCAAAUAUUCAUGAGGUGGGCCGAGGCUCUCGUGCACCCAUAUGUUUCCUCAUUCAAGCAGCUUGCAGUGGACAGAGGCAUCCAUCCAGCUCGUGUGACACAGCCGAGUGUGACAGAGAGCAUGACAACACCCCUCCACCACCUAUCACCACCGCCGUCGCCAUCCAGCAUGACAGUCGUCAAAUAGGUCGCAUCAGAUCAGACACUCGGCGCGCUCCUCGGCCUCCUCCACUGCCCCCUCUCUGACUCCGACUGUAUUGCUUUAACUUUUUUUUUAUUUCUCCCAAUUAGUGAUGGGUAACACAGUCUUAAACUUUCAUUCUAAUGCUUUGUGGUUUCUAUUCAAGUAAAAAGUUUAAUAGUUAAGCUGUAUUUAAAUCUAUAACUGCAGAUUUUAUGAGCCUGUCAAACCCAAGUAAUAUCUCUAACCCUGACUUGCUCUGUAUGCAUAUUGAAAAAACACAUGAUAUAUGAUUCUGGAUGUGAGGAAAUAUCAGAUUUUUCCUGAGUAGUGCACAUAUAAUGGGAUCAAAGGUGUGGAAACGGCUGCAUCAGACCUGGGUAUGUUACCUGUUGUUGAAAUUAUAUAUUUUUUAUACAUAUGGAUCAGA